AUGUCGCAGUUAGAUGCCCUUCGUUCCAUGACCGUUGUCGUUGCCGACACAGGCGAUAUCGAAGCUAUCAAGAAAUACCAACCACAGGAUGCUACAACAAACCCAUCUCUCGUUUUGAACGCUUCCAAGCUUCCACAGUACGAAUCCCUCAUUGAAAACGCUAUCCAAUACGCUAAGUCAAAGAGUGACGACAAGAAGCAACAGCUUAUCGAUGCUGAAGACAAGCUCGCUGUCAACAUCGGUCUCGAAAUCCUCAAGAUUGUCCCAGGCAGAAUCUCUACAGAAGUUGAUGCUCGCCUUUCUUACGAUACACAGAAGACAAUCGAGCGCGCACGCAAGAUCAUCGGUCUUUAUCACGAAGCCGGAAUCAAGAAUGAUCGCAUUCUCAUCAAGAUUGCAUCAACAUGGCAAGGAAUCCGCGCUGCUGAAGUCCUUGAGAAGGAAGGAAUCAACUGCAACCUCACAUUGCUCUUCUCCCAGGCUCAAGCACGUGCAUGCGCUGAAGCAGGUGCUUAUCUCAUCUCCCCAUUCGUUGGCCGUAUCUUAGAUUGGUACAAGGCUGCCGGCCAAGUCCCAGCCACACACGCAGAAGACCCAGGUGUCAAGUCUGUCACAAAGAUUUACAAUUACUACAAGCAAUACGGCUACAAGACAGUUGUUAUGGGUGCAUCAUUCCGUAACACAGGCGAAAUCACAGAACUCGCUGGCUGCGACCGCCUUACAAUCUCUCCAGCCCUUCUUAAGGAACUCCAGGAGUCAAAUGCAGAACUUCCACGCAAGCUCGAGUACAAGGGUGAGAUCCUUCCACGUCCAGAACCAAUGACAGAGGCUGAAUUCCUUUGGGAACAUAACAUGGAUGCAAUGGCUGUUGAGAAACUCGCUCAAGGCAUUUGUAACUUCGCAGCUGACACUGAGAAGUUAGAGGCUAUGCUCUUAUCCAAGUUAUAA